UAUUAUUGACGGAAACUUUUUUUUGUGAAAUGUCCUUUAAGCCAAUUGACCCAAAGCGCGAUGAGGUUCGCCGCUACCUAGAGCGGGGCAGCGUUCUCGAUUCUCUUACGAAAAUCUUUAUACGCAUUAUUAAAGAGCGUCCGGAGAAUCCAAUGGAAUAUAUUCGUAACAAUAUUGGGGUUGUGCGUCACCAACACGAUAAAUAUGAGCGACUCCAACAGGACCUACAAGUGGCCAAUAAAGAAAUCCUACGCUUGCGCGGUAUUAUAAAUAGCAUAGAUCCACAAGUGCUGCAGGAGCCGCCCCAACAUCCUCCUAUUCCAGUUGACAUUGAGACCAACCUUAAUAAUUUCGAGCCAGGCACCAUUCCAAAAGAGGAGGACCCAACUAGCUAUGAGCACACCGAGGAAGCCAAUGUUUUCACAGCUGAACUGAAAAACGAAGACGGCUUUGCAAAUGGUGACGAAGUAUUAGCAUCUGCUGUGGAUAACUGUCACUUGGAUGACGAUAAGGCCACUCAGAGUGAAAGCUCCAAUCAAAAUAUAUCGGUCCGAGUAGAACAAGGCAGCAACGACAACACUGAAUAAUUUAAAUUUUGUACACACUCAACUAUACUCAGUAUUGCAAACCCAUUUAAAUACAUACUUAUGUAUAUUCUAAACAAGUAUAAGAAUACAACAUGUAGCAUACUUUUUUAAUAUAAUAAAAAGUGAAUUCCAAGUAA